UUUAUGUUACUUCAAUUAUUGAGAAGUGCUUUAUGUUAGUUGAGGCGUCGUCUUUAAUUUACCCUUGUUUGUUUCUGGAAUAAUUAGGGAAUACCGCUUGUUAAAGAAGAUUGGGAAUAAGCUGUGCUACAUGAACACAGAAUCUUCUCUACCAACAAAUAUUGAGGCUGCUCUAUUCUACGAUGACUUCUCUUGGAGGCAGAUCCCAGGAGGAGACCUUCACUGUUAGAAGAAAACCAACCCGUUUUUUCAAGAUAAUUCUUGAAUAUACUAUCCACCAGGGAAAACUUGGGAUUCCCAUAAAAUUUGUGGAAGAUUACGGAUAUUGUUUAACUAGUCCAGUAACCCUUCAAGAUCCCACAGGCACCUCAUGGAAAGUAGAGUUACUGAAAAAUGGGAAUGAGGUUUGGCUAGAAAAGGGUUGGCCAGAAUUUUCUGAGAAUCACACUCUGAAAUAUGGGCACUUGUUAGUUUUUGAAUAUAAGGGAGAUAGCCUUUUCCAUGUGUUCAUAUUUGAUAAGACCGCUGUAGAGAUUGAGUAUUCAGUUAAGCUAAAUUUUGAUGGAGAAUCACCACAGCCCAAGAAGCAAGAAAUUGAUGAUCACGAUAGCAUUUCAUGUCACAAUUUGGAUGAUCCAAUCAGGAAUGGCAACCAAUCCAGAGGAAAGCGGAAACAAUUCAUGGAUGAGACGGGUAGGAGUAGGCAGGCUGGAAGGCCUAAACGUUCAAAAAUUUGUGGAGCUCUUGAAGCUGUCAACAACUUCAUCUCUAGCUAUCCAUUCUUCAAGGUUUUAUUAAGGCGAAGUCUCAAUGUGGCCAUUCCCUUUCAUUUAAUCAGGAGGUAUAUGGCUUGUGAAUCACGGACUGUGAUGCUUAAGGUUGCUGACAAAUCAUGGCCUGUAAAGUUGAAUGUGUAUUCACAUAGGCGUACAGCUAAGUUAUGUGCUGGUUGGCUUGCAUUUGCAAGGGAAAAUUCUCUGGAAGUUGGAGAUGUUUGCAUCUUUGAAUUGAUUGAGAGGAAUAUGCUGAAUGCAUACAUAUUCAGAUGUGCUAGUUAAAUGGCUGAUUUUGAGUCUAAUUUUCUGCAACACUCUCCCCUUAAGUGCAACUACACUAUUGUUGCUUGAUAACUAAUUUGUAUUUUCUCUAAUACCAUGUUAAAUUUGAAGAAAGUAUUGAUCAAAUUACAAUUUAA